UGAUGCCGUCGUUUAGGUUCCUAUAAACCCUUUGUAUGCCGAAGCUCCUCCUUCGCAUUUUGCAGAGUGCGGCGGCGCAAUUAGGGUUUGAUCCUGUUCUUCAUCUACAGCAGCAGCCGGAGUCAUGUCGGGAAGAAAGAAGACCAAGGAGCCCAAAGAGGAAACCGUGACUCUUGGACCCAAAGUACGUGAUGGGGAGAUUGUGUUUGGUGUUGCCCACAUCUUUGCAUCUUUCAAUGACACUUUCAUCCACGUUACUGACUUAUCUGGUAGGGAAACACUCGUACGUAUCACAGGAGGGAUGAAAGUUAAAGCUGACCGAGACGAAUCAUCACCAUAUGCCGCUAUGCUUGCAGCACAAGAUGUUGCACAACGAUGCAAGGAACUUGGCAUUUCUGCACUGCAUAUUAAGCUCAGGGCCACUGGUGGGAACAAGACCAAAACUCCGGGUCCCGGUGCCCAGUCUGCUCUUAGGGCUUUAGCACGCUCUGGAAUGAAAAUUGGCCGCAUUGAGGAUGUGACACCAAUUCCCACCGAUAGCACCCGUAGAAAGGGCGGCAGAAGGGGAAGAAGACUAUAGUUUCAUUCUUCGGUACCUUCUUCUGUUAUAUGGUCGAUUUGUCGAAGAUGGUAAUUUAAGAAUUUUGUUGACUGUAGCUGUCUUUGUUGUCUCUGCUAUGUGAGAUUUCAAUUAUAUUGCGGACAUCUGAAGUCUUUGAAAUUUUUUUUUUCACUGUUCUGAAUUAGAAUUUUUUAAAACCAGACUUAUUAUUUGUUGCUUUUCCUUAUUUGGUGUUG